AUAGUGUCAGAUACCCAGCUAAAAUUCGUAUGGCAGAUGUGAAAUUGUGAUGGAUUGAAUAAUAAUAUUGAAUUAUAAACAGAGAUAUUAAAUUUAUGAGCUAAGUUGUGAUAACCAGCUGCUAGAGACACUUGACAACUCGUAAAAUAGUUGGAGUUUAUUUAAAAAAUGGCUUCAAGAGGCGGUGUUAUGGUGACUGGGACGAAUGGAGCUGACUAUGAACACAGAGAAAAAAUAGCGGCUCAGUAUCAAAUAAGUGCAUUAAACAAAUCCCGUCUUAAAUAUUGCAUCUUCUUCCAUCACAUACUAUUCCUGGCGAUGCUUGCAAAACUCUCAGCAGAUAUCCUGGACAAGCUGGACAUCUUUAUACUGGAGAUAGAGGAGCUUCAAAUACCACAGCCCCUCUGGUGGGAGUACAUUUGGUGUUUAUCCCUUUUGCUGUCAUUUGUUGGUUUGUCGGCUAUCAAACGUAACAAUGUGAAACAACUUCGCCGCUACAUGUAUGGGAUCACGGCCCUGGGACUUGGUCCGUUGCUGUACUGUGUAGUGUAUUACUGUGGGGAUGUCUAUGAAUAUUUGACAGUUGACGAGGAUGAUGUUGAAGACAUGGAUAUACAGCUGUGGCAGGGCUACCCGUACGGUCUCCUGUGGUAUGUGUUUGUGUUCCUGUCGUGUCAGGUCCACAUGUUCCAGUUGUACUUCAGCAUGAUACUGCUGAGGGCCUGGCGUUCACGUACAAGGAAACAUGAAUGAACUACACUACAUAGGGAAAUUAAUAUUGUUGGUUGGAUGAAAAUCACUAAGUUAUAUAUUGUAAUAAAAACUAUUUGAUUUGUACUUCAUCAUCUCCACGUAUAACGUGCUAUACAUAUAGCCAUGUAUAAUAAUCGUUUUUUGUAUUGUUAUUAUUAUAAUUUAUAUACAUAAAUCAAUCUACAUGUAAUUCAUCCAUCCGGCUUCAUCCAAUCUUCCGUCCAUCCACUGCAAUACUUUACUUUCACAAUGAAGAUACAUACUUGUUACUUUCACUGCACAUUUUAUGAAAUUAUAAAAAGGAAUAUAUAUGUAAGGUAUUUGGAGACGAUUCUCUUAAGUGAACAUCACUAUGACGGCCUCAGAUAUACAAUCCUGAUAUGUAACUUUAUAUAAGUAUUUAUCCUUUACACAGUACAUAAAUAUAGUUUAAUAGUCAAAGCAACCUCUCACCUCUCGUUCGACCAACAAAUAUUAAGUCCUCUUUGUUCCUUUUUAUUUAAUGUUUUUAUACUGUUAUUAAAUAUAUUUAAUUUUAUACCUUUUAUUUUAUUGAAGAAAUUCUUAGUGUAGAUUAAAAAAUAUAUAUGUUUGUUGAGUUUUAUUUUGAUUUAAAAAAUGUAUAAACAUCUGUCUAAGGCAGUAUUAUUUUUCACUGCCAUACUUAUUGAUGCCGUUGUUUGUAUGGUUAAUUAUAUUUCUCAUUGUUACAAAUCCGUGACUUAAUAUUACUAUAAUUCUAAUAUAGUACAAGAUAUUUCAUUUUAAUUUGUCAUGAAAAAUCUUACCUUGAAGAAGUCAUAUGCAAAAUAUUUUUCUAAAUUGAAAAGACAUGUUUUUGUUUGUAAAUAUAGUAAUACUUUAAUGUUAUUUGUAACUCGGUCUAAUCUAGACAAAUAUUUAUAAUGAAGGUAUGCUCUCGGUGUGUAAUAAAUUAUAUGAAAAAUAUA